AUGGAGGCGCAUAACUUGCAGGCUGCGUCGACCUAUGUCAACAAUAUUCUACUAGCUAGGGGUCUGCUGAAGAGUGGGAGCCCUAUUGAUUUCGCCGAGCCCGGCAAUGAAGAGGGGGGCACUGAAGCCACCAUGGCGCGGAUCAUUAACCUGGUCAAUGAUCUGGUGCUGAGGAGAGAUCGUGAGGCCGACCACCGUGAGAGUCUUGCGACAACCAUUCGGGCGUUGCGCGUAACUGAAUCGGAACAGACGACCGAAAUUGGGAAACUAAAGACCAAAUCAUCCGAACUGUCGCGAUCCCUCGCUCUUGCCGAAGCCCAGCAACGCACACUGAAAUCGAACAUGUCCAGUGCGGAGACGACCAUUCGCGGACUCAAGGAACAGUCGCAACGUAUGAAGACCACUGUCCAGCAAGUCCGCGCGCAAUGCGCCAAUGACGUGCGCAAACGCGAUCUCGAAAUGCAAAAGCUCAAGUCUCACCUUGCGGAACGACAGCGUGGUAAACGGGAGGGUGGUGGCGAGAGGGUUCAUGACCCCCAAUACAAUCUCAAGGAGGAAACAACAGAGUUCUUGACCGAGCUCUGCCAAAACUUGAGCGAUGAGAACGAUACCCUGAUCGAGCUGGCGCGAAACACGGUAGACACGCUUAAGGAGCUACAAGGGCUACCGGAAAACGAAGAUGGUAUUGAAGAGGGGGCUUCGGCCAUGUCUGCUAGCGUUGGGCAUGGAAAGUCGACAAGCGCCGUGGCUUCUCUUCCUACAUCCUGCGAGGAGCUGUCUCUCCGCAUGCAUACCGUGCUUGAUCACCUGCGAACCUUGCUUACCAACCCCUCGUUCGUGCCACUUGAGGAAGUUGAACUCAGAGAUGAAGAGAUCAUCAGACUUCGUGAGGGAUGGGAAAAGAUGGAGAACCGAUGGCGACAGGCAGUCACCAUGAUGGAUGGCUGGCAGCGACGCCUGGCCGAUGGUGGUGGCUCCGUUCAAGUGGAAGAGUUGACGCGAGGCAUGAACCUCGAUCUGAGCUUUACCUCAACUGAGGAUAUUAGCAUGCAGAGCAGAGAAGGUGCACACACCAUUUCGCCAAUUCUUGAAGACAGAGAGGACGAGGCGAUGAGCGAAACUGAAGACUCGACUGUGGCUGAUGCCCCCAAUCCUCCGAAAACACGAUCCAAGAUCCGCAAGGCGCCUGAAAGGUCGGAACGCGCGCUUAAGGAACGUAGCGAUAAUGCGACUUUGGCUGCCAAGCCCAAACGCCAUCGCAAGGUAUCGUUUACCCCAGGCCUGGCAGGGUCUCCAGCCAUUCCCAGUCCUGGUGCCACCGAGGAGAAUCUUCAGGUCAAGGUCCUCAAAUCCGAAGCUGUUACCCGCCGGUCCUCCCGCCGCAAGUCUGAUCCUAAAACCGCUCGUCAGCAGACAACUGGCACUGAGCCCCGAAUGAGUGUUCGCCAAAAGCUCGCUGCAGCUGAAGAUGAAGCUCGCACUGCCGAGCAAGCGCGCAAAGAGGGCGAGUCCCGGAAGCGCAGUCGUCCGGAGAAGACAGCCACUCGUUCUAGCAACCGCCGACGAAGCACUCUCACCAUUGACGAGUUAGAGGACUUGAUGGGCGUUCCCUCCCGGUAG